AUCAAGUUAUGGCUUCUGGGAAUCAGAGGACUAAUUACUCUGAGGCAACUGUUGAGAUAAAGAUAAAAACUUUAGAUUCACAAACAUAUACUCUGCGUGUGGAUAAAUGUGUCCCAGUACCUGAGCUUAAGGAACGAAUUGCUACUGUUACUGGUGUGUUGUCUGAACAACAACGCCUCAUAUGCCGUGGAAGAGUUUUGAAGGACGAUCAGCUCCUCUCAGCAUACCGCAUCCUUUUUAUGUUUGUUAAUUUCCAUAUUUUCUGUUUUAAGCUUAUUCCUCUCUGCUAUGGCUGAUUGUUAAUUGGUCAAGUAAGAAUAUUUUCAUGUGCACAUUUGAAACAAUUUACUCUUUAAUUCCUCUGUGUUCUUGUAAUUUUUCCUGCUACCAAUGGAUUUCCUUAAAUGUGUCCAUCAAACUGCCUUUUGUGGCCAUAAUUUUUCACUCUAUCAUCACAGCCCUUGCAUGUCUUUUGAAUUUUGAUCUUUCUAUGAAACGAAUGUUGGAAGUUUUAUUCUCAAAAGUAUUUAGCCCAUAUAUUUUUCUUUUCUUAUAGAUAAUUCAAGUAAUGCUUGAAGUUGUGUAUAGCAAAUAGAAGGUUUGAUCUCUGAAAAAUAACUUUAUGUUCUGCAUGCUAAUAUUUUAUCUACAUAUUGCUUUGUCUGUUUGGAAAAGUUUCUUGCUACAUUUGGUUUAGAUGUGGAAGAUGGUCACACAUUGCAUUUGGUUGUUAGACAACCAAUUCCCCCAUCAUCAGAUAGCUUACCAAAUAUCGAUCCAGGAAAAAUUAAAGUAAAUGGUGUCAUUUGCAGAAACCGAUCAUCUCUCAAAUGCUUUCCACAGUCAAGGUAUUGGAGGAGAGCCAAGUGUAUUAGUUGGAGCCUUCAAUAUUUCUGAAAAUGGAGAUGGGGCAUUUCCAGCAUUUAAUCAGAUUCUCUCAGCCUUUCUCAAUUCUAUUGGUGUUGGAAGUGGCAGCCAAGUGGUUACUCCUUGGGAGCCCUCUAAUAGUGGAUUGGGAGAUUUUAGCGGACAACAACAGCACCAAGCAACUCUGCAGCCACCUGUGGUUCCUGAUUCUUUGGCAACAUUGUCCCAGUAUCUUAGUCAGUUGAGAGAUGAAUUUGGGACUAGUGGGGGCAGUAGAAACAAUUCCCACAUUGCUGCAACUCAUGGGAUCAAUCUACAAACCGCUGACUCUGCCCUCCCUUCAACAGCUGGACAAAGAGGGCUUUCUAGGCCAGCAUCCUUGGCAGAAGUGCUGUUGUCAACCAGGCAAUUAUUGAUAGAACAAGUUGCUGAUUGCCUAUCUCAUCUUGCACAACAACUAGAGGGUCAAGCAAAUGUUACAGAUCCAACAGUUCGGAUGAGUUUUCAGACAAACUGUCUUAGAUAUGGAGCUCUUUUGCAGAAUUUGGGUGCCUUGAUACUCGAACUUGGUCGUACAACAAUGACAUUACGAGUGGGCCAAACACCGGCUGAUGCUAUGGUGAAUGCUGGACCUCCUGUAUUUAUAUCAACUUUUGGCCCAAAUCCUAUGAUGGUUCAGCCAUUCCCCUUCCAAUCUGGAACAAGUCUUGGGACAACCCCUGUUGGAACUGCUGAAGUUACAAGGAAUAUCAACGUAAGGAUACGAACAGGUUCAUUUAUGCCCAAUGAAAGGGAUUCAAACAUUCUACAGCCAUCCACCAGAGAAACCAACCCAGCAGUUUCUGGUGUCGCAGAUUCUGUUUCUCAAGCAACUGCUGCAUCGUUGGGAAAUCCUCCUUCCAUCAGGGUGUCUGAAGUGCGGGUAAUGCCUAUUAGGACUGUGGUCACUGCAAUUCCUGCUUCAGUUAGGCAAACAUUUUCUGAUUCAUCUCAUAGUUCAAUGGGCUUAUUCCAUCCAGUCUUAGAUGGAGCUCAAAAUGUUAAUUCUGAAAUUCUGGAUAACACAAGUAAUUCUCAGUUGUCUAGUGACCAGAACCCUUGUGUGCCAAGCAAUGCUAGUGGUAAUGGUGACUUUCAGACGCUCGCCACAAUUUCUACCACACAUGAGGCUGCUGCCAACUCACAAGAGGCAACACCAACAGUGGGUAGCGAAGGAGCUUUCUUCUCUAAUGUGCUUCGUCAAAUGAUGCCCUUUAUAACUCAAAAUGUAGCAUUGGGAUCAGAAGUUGCAUCUUCAGGGAGAGAUGCUCCUAAUACAGAAGCUUCGACACAGGCUUCAGACUCAGAUGUUGGGAGUUCCUCCAGGCCACGAGGUGACACUUCAUUUGAUGGUCCAAGUAAGCGUCAAAAGAGGGAUUGAUUUGUCAUGGGAGUCCUGCAUAAGAAAGGAACACCGGCGUGCACAAACUCUUAACAGCCGUAUCAAAUUAGGACACAAAAAAUUAGAGGAACAUAGUUUCGUUGUUUCACUUGUUUCAUUUACUUUGAAGAUUGAUAAAAGCAUAUGCCCAUUUGUAAAAAAAUUUUGCAUCUUAACAAUUUUUAUUUCCUUUUCUUUUCUUUGUAGUAUAGGUGGUGAUUGAAGCUUGACACCACUCUUAGAUUGUCUUGUAACCACAUUAUAUUGAUUUGCUUCUUAUUGAUUAAGUAAUUCUGUGGUC